CGGUGUGAAUCUCCUCGUCGUCCUUUCGCUGAACAUAACACCAGAGAACACAUGAUCCCUUCCCUCCUUCUGAGGUACCGCUGCCUGUUGCCGUCGUACUCACCUCGUACGUGCGGAUUUGGACACCCUUGAACUUUUCAUACGUGUCAAUUGUCUGAGAUAGCUGCUGUUCGGGCGUCAGCUCCGCGCGAUUCAGGCUCCUGGCUAGGAAGAAGGCGAGUUGCAAAGUACUCAU